AUGGCGGGCGCGGAACCGGUGCCCGGGGAUGUCGGCGGUAGUGGCUCGACUCUUCCCGGCCGGAGCCACGGCGCCGUGCGCUUGGCUCCGCUGGACCCCGAGCAGCUGCGGCGUGUCCUGGAGCAGGUGACUCGGGCGCAGCCACCGCCCAGCGUGCUGCCGGACGCGGCGCCCCGGCUCCGGGACGGGGCCCAGCAGGCCGCCCAGCAGCGGGGACCGGGCGCCGCGGCCCCGCGCCUGCUGACACCCCAGGAACUUGAAGCCAUUUGUAUCAAGGUAUCUGGUGACACAAGACUUAAGGAAAGAACAAUGCCCCCUAUGGCCACCAUCCAACCCAAAACAGUAAAACAAAGUCAGCUACUUGGAAGACGCUCCAGCAUGGAUUUGUGUGUCUCCAGUCCUCAGCUGCUCAGGGUGCAGGCCCUGGGGAGGACUGAGUCACAGCUACAUGUCCUUAGAGGCUCUCGUCAGCCUCCUGCUCCUCAGAUGUUUGUACAAAAGAUGCUGCUAGACCUUCAUCCAGUCCCUUUGAAGAGAGUCAAGACUCGGGAAACUGUGAACGGACAUGGUAUCACUCUGAGCCCUGGAUCAUCUGGCUCAGCACAACUGUUGGUUUCCAGCGUGCACACAGCACGUACUGAGAAGUCGAAGAAGUCGUUAAGUGUGAGAACUCGGUCUGGACGGGUAUCCCGGCCCCCCAGGUAUAAAGCCAGAGACUACAAAUUCAUCAAAACUGAGGACUUAGCAGAAGGGCAUCUGUCAGAUUCUGAUGACUAUUCAGAGCUGAGUGUGGAGGAGGAGGAAGAGCCGAGGGAGAAGCCGGCUUUCUUUGACUUUGAGGUCUCUGCCCUGAAGCCCAAGGCCUUUAAGUGUCAGACCUGUGAAAAGUCAUACAUAGGAAAAGGGGGGCUGGUGAGGCACUGUAAACUCAACCCAGGCCACAGCCAGCUGCAGCCUGAGAUACUGCUGUCGGAGAAAGCUAAUGGGAGCCUGACCCUGGGCUUCUCGGACUCAAAGACCAGAGGCCUGGCUUCCCCGAAACCAUCCACACCAGCUACUCUCAGUGUGGAAGAAGCAGAGUCAGCUUGGCCUACCCUACAGAACGGUCAGCCUGUCGAAGUUGAAGAAACACUGGUACCUGAACCACAAAAUAGAAGUCCCUCAGCUCUUCUGAGACCAGAGAAAUACCUAGAACCUAAAAAUGGAGAUUGGGAAAGCCAGGCAGACUUGAGCACAGCCAGCCUCCGGGAGAGCAGAACAGUCCAGCCAGACAGCAGCCCUGCUGUUCCUUCAGGGUUGGGCGUGUCCAGGGGAGCCCAGCUCCGGGAGGCGCUCAAGCAGUGUGGCCGGGAGGAGCUGGUGGAACUGGUGCUACCUCAGCUGGCUCAGGCAGUGACCCUGUAUGAACUUCUUCUGGUGAAGGUUGAGAAAAGUCCCAGGGCGAAGCCUUUCUUUCCUGCUGUGUACAAGGAGUUUGAAGAGUUGUAUGAUGUGGUGAAGAGAAUGUGUCAGGAUUACCUCAGCAGCGCUGGUGCGCGCGCUCAGGAGCCCCUGGAGAUAAACAAUGACGAGGUUGCCAGGUCAUUAGGAAUCACAGAAUUCCUGAGGAAGAAAGAGACACCUAAGUGCUCUAGCCAGGAGAUGGAGGGGAAGUUGGAGGAAGGCAGUGGACGGAAGAGGGAGAGGGAGCUGGGUGUGCUGGCCACAGUGAAAAAACCCCGAACAAUGGCUUUACCCACACAUGUCCUUGAAUAUCUUCCCUCUGCCAAUGGAUGCCAGCAGAAGCCUAGGCCCUCACGUGCUCCAGCCUUCAGCAAGGGUUCUGAUCCUGCAGCCAUUGAGAACUCUCUUUGCUCUGAAGGAAGCUGUCGGGAGAUGGUUCCUGCUAGUGAUGGGAAUGUACCACCUGUGGGCCAGCGGCUUGCAUUGAUGGCAUCUGAUGACUUUGAAGCCGGGAGUGGCUCUGCAGACCCUACUCUUCUGUGUCAGGAUGUCAGUGGGUCAGCAGCUCUUUAUUCCCAAGCAGCAGAGCCCAGAGGGAUGCCCCUAGCCCAGGAGUCUGUGUUUUCUGAAGAGAAUAUUCCAGAACACAGUAUAGAUCAGGAUUCUGGAGCCAUCUGGAAGAGCAACAGUGUUUGUGGUACACCAUCAUCAGGUAGAAGAACUGAGUCUCUGUUGCUUAGAGAAUCUGAAAAUGCAGAGGCAGGAGACCUCAGGGAGACAAAUCAACCCCACCUCAGUGGCCUGCAGGCCAGUCCCAGCCAUGUCCUUCUUGCAGAGUCUGCAGCCUUUCCACUCCAUAACAUUUUGCCUGUGAAUAUCCUGCCAGCUGCCCGUGUUUCCAAGACUGUGCCAGAGCCAGUACUUCAUCCUGAUCCAGGUGGAUCACUGUCGACUAAUGGGGGUCCCAGUGUUGGAAGUGAAGCUGGAGACAUAAGCCAGCUCCUAUCUAGGAUGGAGACACAUGACCAGAGAGCGCCAGAGACUGCGGCUGCAGUGGGGGAAGCCCUGGCUUUUGAUAUUUCCAAUGUGUGCCAGGAAGUAUUGUCUCAGGGACAGGAGCAGAUUUUUAUUCGGACUUCCAAUGGGUUUAUUUUGUCCUAUCCAAGUACCAUAGUAUCUCAGGAGGACAACAACGUCAUAGUGACUAAUGCAAGGGGUUCUAUUCUGAGGUUUGGCCAGCCAGAAGGUGUUGCUCUUGAAGCCAUGGAAGCCUUCCUCACUGUGGAGGCAGAGUACUCUCAGUGACCAGGAGUCAAGUGUGUGUGUGUGAGAGA